AUUCCUACUUUCGAACUGGGAAUCUUAGCAGUCUCUUUUGCAGGCUCGGAUAUCAGGGGUGGCCGAGCGGGACUGGACGCCCGGAGACAAAGCUGACCGAGCACUUGCCCCCUCAACCUCAUCAUGGCCUCUGCUGGUCUGCAAAUCUUGGGGAUCGUCCUGACCCUGCUUGGCUGGGUCAAUGCCCUGGUGUCCUGUGCCCUGCCACUGUGGAAGGUGACCGCCUUCAUCGGCAACAGCAUCGUUGUGGCCCAGAUGGUGUGGGAGGGGCUGUGGAUGUCCUGUGUGGUCCAGAGCACCGGCCAGAUGCAGUGCAAAGUGUAUGACUCACUGCUGGCGCUGCCCCAGGACCUGCAGGCUGCCCGAGCCCUCUGUGUUGUCACCCUCCUUAUUGUCGUGCUUGGCCUGCUCGUGUACCUGGCUGGAGCCAAGUGCACUACCUGUGUGGAAGACAAGAACUCCAAGUCUCGUCUGGUGCUCAUCUCUGGCAUCAUCUUUGUCAUCUCUGGAGUCCUGACCCUCAUUCCUGUCUGCUGGACUGCCCAUUCCAUCAUCCAGGACUUCUACAACCCCUUGGUGGCUGAUGCUCAAAAGCGGGAGCUGGGGGCCUCACUCUACCUGGGCUGGGCAGCCUCAGGCCUUUUGCUACUGGGUGGAGGGCUGCUGUGCUGCGCCUGCUCUUCUGGAGGGUCCCGGGGACCUGGCCAUUACAUGGCCCGCUAUUCUACAUCUGUCCCACAUUCUCGGGGACCCUCCGAAUACCCCACCAAGAACUAUGUCUGAUGCUCACUGGGGAGUGAGGCUCUUACUACCCAGGGAACCUGAGCUGAGCCAUUAAAAUGAUGCUGAGUAGUUUGGGGUGGGGGGUUGUCUUGUUUCUUGUUUUUCUUUUGCAAUACUGAGUAUUGAACCUGGGGCCCACACAUUUGGUAAGCAAGCAUUCCACCAGUGAGCUGUGUGGUUCCCUGCUCCAAGGGUUGGCUCCACCUUUUUUGAGACAGGCUCUCCUUAUGACUGACCUCCAGCUCCAGUUUUCCUGCCUCAACCUGAGUCCAAGCUCCACCUCUCUCUCUGCUGCUGCUGCUGUUUCUCUCUUUUAGCUACUGCGACUGGAAGGAUGUGACACCUGAGUUCCUGGUCUUUAUUCAUUCUGGGGAUCUGUGCAAAGUGUAUGAAGGCUGCCUAUGAGUCUGGCCUUUGCUUUUCUCAAAAUGGCCUGUCCCAAGAGUUCCUGCUGUGGCCAGAAGUAACUCACAGGACAGGCUCACCCCUCCUGGUCAGACUUUUCUUCCCAAUCCUGGGAGGGCAGUGAUAAGUUACCAAAGAAUUUCCUACCCUGAGACUUCCAACCUUUGGCCCCUGAAUCCCCUCACCAAGGUUACUGUGUAGUCUCCCCACAUAAGGGCCCAGCUGUGCUGUAGACGCUCUCCCCAUACCUUUAAUCUUGCACAUUCCCCUGCCCACACAAUGUUUUACUAAAUAAAACAUGAUUUUUUUUUCUUAUAA